AUGAAACAAGCCGGUCACCGAAUUAUUGCUACCGUGGUUUCUAUUGUACUCUACAACAUACAAAUACAUGACGCCCUGAAUCGCAUUCUCAACACUGGCGAUAGCCCCCACCAACCCCUUGACCGACUUUUCAACUUCCUCACCAGCCUCGUCGUCCGAGGUUUGAGCUUCUCUAGCGCAUUCUCCACACCCGCCGCCGGAGCAGAAUACAAAGCCACUGCAUAUUUGGAAGAUGCAACGUCAUCUUUACGAGGCGUUUCCACCAACGCCGAUAACCGCUGCAACUCCAUCGCCUCAUUCAGCCUCUCAACUUGA